AAGUUUGCUUUCUUGUCGUUUUAUUUCACCUCAAUUUUUUUUUUUUUUAAAUAAGUCUCCAUCUUUUAACAGUUCUUCUUCAACUCUCCACCACCAUUGUCACCAGCACCAUUUAACACACACUUUUGUUUUUAGUGGAUUCUUCUCCUAAAGUGCGUUUUAUGCUAUAUUGUUUUCACUGUUCUUGAUAACAUAAGUUUUCCUAAAUUAUAUUCUCUAUAAAAAUCGUUACUUACAUCCCCAAAGUAUUCAACUUUUUUUUUUUUCUUUCUGAGGUUCAGAAAAAGAAAAAAGUCACCUUUUUUCUAAUGGCUUCAUCUGCAUUUGCUUUUCCUUCUUACAUAAUAACCAAAGGUGUUUCGACUGAUUCUUGCAAAUCAACUCCUUUGUCUUCUUCUUCUCGAUCUUUGGUUACAGAUCUUUCAUCGCCAUGUCUGAGACCCAACAACAACAACAACAACAACAAUUCCCAUUCAAACAGAAAGGCAAAAGUGUAUGCUUCACUUGCAGAGAAGGGCGAGUAUUAUUCAAACAGACCACCAACUCCAUUACUUGACACAAUCAACUACCCAAUCCACAUGAAAAAUCUUUCUGUCAAGGAACUGAAACAACUAUCUGAUGAGCUUAGAUCAGAUGUGAUCUUCAAUGUGUCUAAAACCGGUGGACAUUUGGGGUCAAGUCUUGGUGUUGUGGAGCUUACAGUGGCUCUUCAUUACAUUUUCAACACUCCACAGGACAAGAUUCUUUGGGAUGUUGGUCACCAGUCUUAUCCUCACAAGAUUCUUACAGGGAGAAGAGGAAAGAUGCCGACAAUGAGGCAAACCAAUGGUCUCUCCGGUUUCACCAAACGAGGAGAGAGUGAACAUGAUUGCUUUGGUACAGGACACAGUUCAACCACAAUUUCUGCUGGCCUAGGAAUGGCGGUAGGAAGGGAUUUAAAGGGUAAUAACAACAACGUAGUUGCUGUGAUCGGUGAUGGUGCGAUGACGGCAGGGCAGGCUUACGAAGCCAUGAACAAUGCAGGGUAUCUAGACUCCGAUAUGAUUGUGAUUCUCAAUGACAACAAGCAAGUCUCAUUACCUACUGCUACUCUGGAUGGACCAAGUCCACCUGUUGGAGCAUUGAGUAGUGCUCUUAGUCGCUUACAGUCUAACCCGGCUCUCAGGGAAUUGAGAGAAGUCGCAAAGGGUGUGACAAAGCAAAUAGGUGGCCCGAUGCACCAAUUGGCUGCUAAGGUAGAUGAGUAUGCUAGAGGAAUGAUAAGCGGAACUGGAUCAUCACUGUUUGAAGAGCUAGGUCUUUACUAUAUUGGUCCAGUUGAUGGGCACAACAUAGACGAUAUGGUAGCUAUUCUCAAAGAAGUUAAGAGUGCAAGAACUACAGGACCAGUACUUAUUCAUGUCGUGACAGAGAAAGGUCGCGGUUAUCCGUACGCAGAGAGAGCUGAUGACAAAUACCAUGGUGUUGUGAAAUUCGAUCCAGCGACUGGUAAACAGUUCAAAACUACUAAUAAGACACAGUCUUACACAACUUACUUUGCGGAGGCAUUAGUUGCGGAAGCAGAGGUAGACAAAGAUGUGGUUGCAAUUCAUGCAGCCAUGGGAGGUGGGACUGGGUUAAAUCUCUUCCAACGUCGCUUCCCAACAAGAUGUUUUGAUGUUGGGAUAGCAGAACAACAUGCAGUUACUUUUGCUGCGGGUUUAGCUUGUGAAGGUCUUAAGCCCUUCUGUGCAAUAUAUUCGUCUUUCAUGCAGCGUGCUUAUGACCAGGUUGUACAUGAUGUCGAUUUGCAAAAGUUACCGGUGAGAUUUGCGAUGGAUAGAGCUGGACUUGUUGGAGCUGAUGGUCCAACACAUUGUGGAGCUUUUGAUGUGACAUUUAUGGCUUGCCUUCCUAACAUGAUAGUGAUGGCUCCAUCAGAUGAAGCAGAUCUUUUUAACAUGGUUGCAACUGCUGCUGCGAUUGAUGAUCGUCCUUCUUGUUUCCGUUACCCUAGAGGUAACGGUAUUGGCGUUGCAUUACCUCCAGGAAACAAAGGUGUUCCCAUUGAGAUUGGGAGAGGUAGAAUUUUAAAGGAAGGAGAGAGGGUUGCGCUGUUAGGUUAUGGCUCAGCAGUUCAGAGCUGUUUAGGAGCAGCCAUAAUGCUCGAAGAACGUGGAUUAAACGUAACUGUAGCAGAUGCAAGGUUUUGCAAGCCAUUGGACCGUGCUCUCAUUCGCAGCUUAGCUAAGUCGCACGAGGUUCUGAUUACAGUUGAAGAAGGUUCGAUUGGAGGGUUUGGAUCGCAUGUUGUUCAGUUCCUUGCUCUCGAUGGUCUUCUUGAUGGGAAACUCAAGUGGAGACCAAUGGUACUGCCGGAUCGGUACAUCGACCACGGUGCACCAGCUGAUCAACUAGCUGAAGCUGGACUCAUGCCAUCUCACAUCGCAGCAACCGCACUUAGCUUAAUCGGUGCACCAAGGGAAGCUCUGUUCUGAGAGUAGGAGUCUGUGGCUAAAACAUAUAUACGAACAUUCUAAAUGCAACCGAAGGUUUAUUCUAAGUACUACUGAUCAAGGUUCCCGCCGAAAAGAAGUAGCAGAAAAAGUCCUUUAGCAACUCAGAUGAUUAAGAAAAAAGCAAAGGCAAGGUUGUAUGGUUGUGUAAAAAAUUAGAGUUAUGGUAAAAUUGGUAUUUUUAUUUUUGUAAUUUUGUUUAGGGGUGUGAUGAAGAUCGAGUUGUACAAUCAUCUAACAUGCAUCUUGUAAAAAUCAUUUACAUUUCUUUGUGUAUCUUCAUUUAACCUUUGUGUGA